AAAAUUUAUUAGCAGCCCAGCCCAAAGCCCAAAGCCAGAUGCGCUCUUAGCGAACCGGAGAUAAAGAAAAUCGAAGAAAGAGCUCGCGAUGAAGGCAAGAAGCUGCCGACGAAGAGCGAACACCAAGCCGCCGCGCCGCGCGUCCAGCCGUCCUUCCUCUCUGGCGCAGCCUUGCUGACCUGUUGCAAUGGAUGUUAUUUUAUACUUUGUACAUUACAUAUUGGCCCCCGCUGGAUGGUAAUGCUAGAUCCGCCCUGGACGCUGGACGAAGCUCUAUUAACAGGAAUAUCUCUCUUCUGCAAAGUGAAAAAUAAUUAUUGAGAGAGGAGAAGCUCGGACCAUUUCUGUAGCCUCUGUUGGAUUUACUCUGUAAAAUGGCAGUUGAAUUUGGGAGAGCUCUUCCACACAUUCUGAUUGCGCUUGCUUUUCAUUCUACCAUCUGUGUAUGCUCUUCAAUUUCUUAUCAGGAUACUGACAACAACUACAAAGUAAACUCUAACAAACACAACUCCAGUUUGUUGCCUUGUUAUACAAGAUACAUCUUAGAGUCUUAUUUCAGAGAGUAUGAGAGUUGCAGUGAUUCCAAUUUCCAAGAGUAUAUGGUGCAUAAGAACCCUUUUGGGUCAGAAAGAACAUUUGGGAGGCUAUGGAACUUUGAACGCCGUCUGAUUGGAGAGGGUUCUCAUCGCCGCCUAUCUUCAUUUAUCAGAUUCAGCAUUCAUCAAGAUUGGAUAGCUGAUAUUUCCUUUCAGACGUGUGAGGUCAUACUCAUUGAGAAAUUGCCUCUUGGGGUUUUUGCAGACCCUUUCGAGCUUGAGCAUCUUCUUCAGCGUGGAGGUGUUCUCCCUAUUGUGCUUUAGAAAUUUCCGAUCAAGUACUCAGAGACGGUUUUGUUUUUGGAGAUGCAAAUUUGGAAUUGCCUUCUUUUCUUUCCAACCAGUCAAUAGUUGAAGUUCACUUAGAAGCAGCCUUUGAUGAAUUGGCACAGAAGGAGAUUGUAAAAGAGUUAAAUGUAGAAAUCCCGAUACAUGCACGAUAUUCUCACCACGAAGAAAGCGGAUAUUCAAAAGUCAGAUUUGGAGUUGCUGACUUAUUUCUUCGGUGCAAGAAGCAAGGGGAGUCAGCUGCUGAAAGCUGUGUGUUAAAACCUAUGGGUAGCAGUGUGAGUCUGAAAGAUGAUGAAAUCGUGUGGAGCAUACCAGCAGGUAUGAAGGCACAUUCAAGUAUUGUAUCUGCUGUGACUUUUACAUCCGCACUAUUAUCAGCAGUUGGGAUUAUUGUGACUUCCUUUCGAAGCAAUCCUAAUUAGUGUAGUUCUAUAAUUUAGUACUGCAAAGAAUGCAGAUAAUAUAGGUACUCGCCCCCCCCCAUUGAUUUCCUUCUCCUUUUUUUGCUGUUCUUUUCCCCUUGUCAAUCCAUCUGAUGCUUCAGAAUCACUGAAUGUAACAUCAUCCAAUACUGGGCCUUUUGUUAAUAAAAGAUUU